AUGGUUAUACGAACAGAUUUUCAUAAAAAUUCGAGUGAUAUUUGUCAAUUUGCUCCAUUCACUCUUUUUCCAACACCUUUCCACGCAAUGAAUUUAUUAUAUUUUCGUAUAUUCUGGGAUUACGAAUUUCUCAUUGAAUCACAUAAGGAUGUGGUAAAAACUGAUCAGUUUACCAGACGAGAUUUUGGAAUCGAAUCGGCCGUUAUACUCUUCGUUAUUGAAGAUGAAGAGCAAAACCAACCGGAACAACGUCACAUCCAGUAUCGCUUGGAAGAACUGAGUAAAAGACGUGUUAAAUACUUCCGGUUAACUUUAACAGAAUGCGGACUUAGACUUCAUCUAUCUGACAAUAACGCUUUAUUAAUGGAUAACCAAAUAAGAAUAUCGUUAGUCUAUUUUCGUACUGGCUAUUCACCCGAAAACUAUGCAACUAAAUUCGAGUGGAAUUCUCGUCUUAAAAUCGAACUUUCUGAUGCGAUCAAAUGCCCAUUUAUCGGUCUUCAUUUAGCAAAUACUAAAAAAGUUCAACAUGCGGAGAAAACAGGAAAAGCAAUAGGAAAUUCAUUGCCAUUCAAUUUCUAUAAACUGCAGAUGCUAUGUUGUCCAGGAAUGGUGGAACGUUUUCUACCGGAAUUUCCAGAGAAGUGCGUAAAGAUACGCGCCACAUUCGCUAGGUUAUGGGGACUGGAAGGAAAUGACAAUGAAACGAACAAUAUUAUUAAAAAAAACUUAGGAUGCAAUGAUGAACCCACAUCGAUAUGUGUCAACUAUUAG